AAGUCUCAUAGCUGUAUCGAUAGUUCGUGUUGUGGCAAAGAAUGAUACAGGUCUUGACCCCAGGAUUCUUGCUGGUUCCAUCUCCGACGCCUGACGGCGGUUGCCAGGGCAAAACUUUCUUGUCCAUCUCUAAGACUCCAAAUUUUUUUCAGCUACUUUAUUUCAUUCUCUCACCACACUUUCCUUCCCCAAAUCAAUUCAUAUCAAAUCUAUCACAAUGGGUGUUCUUCCUAUGGCUGUUUUCGGACUCGAGGUCCCCGCCGGCGGUAUGCCCGUCGCUGCCAGCGGCGAUAUCCCUGCUGCCUUCCGCCUGACCAUGGCCGCCAUCGAUCCCAGCGCUGAGCCCGAGUUCGACGAGGACACCAAGGGCAAGAAGCCCCGUGCCACUCUCAAGAUCAUCCGCGCUCCUCUUCAGAUGGAGGAUGACGAGGACGACUCCGACUUCGACCCCGAGGAGAUGGACAUGAUGCUCGCUUCCGACGAGGAGGAGUCCGAGGAGGAGGCCGGUCCCAGCGACCCCGCCAAGUCAAAGAAGGCACGUAAAGCCGCCGCCGCUAAGCAGCUCAGAGAGGAGCUUGAGAGCAUGGAUGUUGACUCUCCCAAGGUUAAGGGCAAGGGCAAGAUCCAAGCCGACGACGAGGAGGAGUCCGACGAGGACGAUGAGGACGAGGAUGAUGAGGAGUUCGAGCCCGAGGAGUUCGUUCUCUGCACCCUCGACCCCGAGAACCACUACCAGCAGACUCUUGACAUCACUGUCGGUGAUGACGAGCGCGUCUGGUUCAUGGUCACCGGUACCCACGAUGUCUACCUUACCGGCAACUACGUCGAGCCCGACCACACCCACGGCCCCGAGGGCGAGUACGACUCCGAGGAUGAGGACGAGGACGAGUACGACCUCUCUCCCGACGAGGAUGAGCUUUACGGUGACGAGUCCGAGGACGAGCUCGACGACCUGGAGAACCCCCGCGUCAUGGAGAUCGACGAGGAGGAGGCCGAGACCCUUGACGACCUGAUCUCCAAGGCCAAGCCUGCCGCCGAGAAGAAGAACGCAAAGAAGGUCAAGACCAACGAGGGUAAGGCCGUUCCCGCCGACGAGGCCGCCAAGAAGCUCGAAACCCCUGCUGCUGCAGCAAAGUCAGACAAGAAGGCUGCCCCCACUGUCAAGACCGUCAACGGCGUUACCAUCGACGACAAGAAGAUCGGCUCCGGCCCCGCCGCAAAGAAGGGUGACCGCAUCGGUAUGCGUUACAUCGGCAAGCUCCAGAACGGAAAGGUCUUUGACUCCAACAAGAAGGGCAAGCCUUUCAGCUUCAAGCUUGGUACCGGUGAGGUCAUCAAGGGUUGGGACAUCGGUAUCGCCGGUAUGCAGGUUGGUGGUGAGAGACGCGUUACCGUCCCCGCCCAGCACGCCUACGGCUCGCAGUCCCUUCCCGGCAUUCCCAAGAACUCCACUCUGAUCUUCGACGUCAAGUGCGUCGAGAUCAAGUAAGCUCGAAACACCCCCACAACGAACAUGAAAGAGAAUACCCGGGACCGAAUUGGAUCCAACUUUUAGACGAUACCCAACUUGCGGCUUCUUAGCAUUAGAAGAAGCAAUCGACGACGAAAAAGCACCAUAGGGGCGAUAACCGCGCGAAUGAACAUGUACAGCGUGUGGCAGGAAUGAAGGGUCAUCUCGACUAGAAGCAGCAUCUCUAUCCUCGUAUGAACAGAGGAAAGGAAGAGAGCUGCUUGGCACAAAAAAGUUUUCUUAUGUCAUUUUUAGCGAGAGCGUGUCCAUUACCACCCACAUCUUACUAUUGAACAAA